AUGGGGAUAGAGGUGCUGAGCGUCCUAAUCAGAAGGGCUAUGGAGGGGGGCUUCAUCUCAGGGUGCAAAAUUCAGCGUGAUAGAGGAUGGGCUGUCCACAUUGCUCAUCUGCUUUUCGCCGAUGACACUAUUGUCUUUUGUGAGGCAAAGAAGGAGUACUUAACGAAUUUAAGUUGGAUCUUGUUCUGGUUUGAAGCCGCGUCCGGGUUAAGAAUUAACUUGACUAAAAGCGAGGUUAUUCCAGUAGGGGAGGUGCAAAGGAUAGAGGAGAUGGCUGUGGAGUUAGGGUGUAGGGUGGGGCAGCUUCCGAUUGUGUAUUUGGAGGUGCCGCUGGGGGUGCCUAAUAAGGCUGCAUAUGGAUGGGAUGGGGUAGAAGAGAAAAUGAGAAGGAGUGUACCAGAUGCCGUUAUUUCGUAUGCCCAUUUCUGUGGCAAGAAGAUUAGAAAAAUUGCAAAGAGAUUUCUUGUGGGGGAGGGGGGUCUCAUGGAGAGGAAAACUCAUUUGGUUAAGUGGGAUGUGGUGUGUGGGGAUAAGGAGAAUGAGGGGUUGGGAAUAAGGAAGUUUACUAUCAUGAAUAAAGCGCUUCUUGGCAAGUGGACUUGGAGAUUCGCUUCGGAUAAGGAGACCCUUUGGAAGUAUGUGCUGGAGGCUAAGUAUGGUCAGGAGGAUUAUGGUUGGAUGACCAAAAAGGCUAUGGGUGCGUGUGGUGUGGGGGUGUGGAAGGAGAUCUUAAAGGAAGUUGGCUGGUGCUGGGACAAAAUGGGGUUCAAGGUGGGGAAAGGUAAUAAAAUCAGUUUCUGGACUGAUGUGUGGUGCGGGGAUGCAGCGCUGUCCCAAAGGUUCCCGCAUCUCUACAUCUUGGCAGCCAACAUAAAUGCAAAGGUUGAAGACCUGUGGGACCAGAAUGUUGGGGAAGGAGACUGGAAUUUGUGUUUUAUAAGGGAUUUCAAUGAUUAG